GAGAGAGAGAGAGAGAGAGAGAGAGAGGGGGAGAAGGAGAGACAAAGCAAGGAGAAAAGAGAAAGAGAAAGUAUAUCGUGCGAGACGAGCGAAGGCUGCACAACAGUGUAAGGGUAUAAGGCAACGUGGUGAACAGGACUGCACUGGCAAAAGAGAACGCCGUGAAGAGGGUAGAGCGGUGUCGGGCAGAGAGAAACGAAAAGAGCAAAGCGGAGAGAAGCGUGUGGUAUGGACGAAGCGCGAGAGCGUGGUGAAGCGAGGCAAGAGCGAGCGAGAGGUGGCCGCGGUUGAAAAGAAAUGCAGAGAGAGUUGGAAACAUAGGCAGGAGCGAAGAUCAGAGAGAGGCGAGUCAGUGUGGAGAGAGAGAGCCAUUCAUCUUGGCGCGCCUAGGCGGGCCACGAUUGGUCCACUUCGGAUAAGGGAGCGGUGCGAUUGGUCGGCUCUGUUUACCAGCUGGUACCUCAGCGCGCUGGAGGAUCGCAGAAGAGAGGGGGGAACAGAACGGAGAGACAAGCGGCGCCAUUAUUGUAAGGGGUUACAUUUAGCUGGCCGUGGGUUGUAGUACGCGGCGUUCGGGAUAGGGGGCUAUAGUACCUUCAUGCAUGGCCCAUAAAGGAUUCGUCGACUAUCCGAGAAGUACGCAAGAAACGGCUUCUAACACCUGACAGGGGCCACGCUCUUCUCUUCUCUCUCCUCGUGCCGUCGCCUCGAACACUGUCGCAGCCCAAUUUCCUCACUGGGACCGCCGUGUUGGAUCAGCUGGGAGGGCCCGGUCAACGAAAGACCCGUUGCUUUAUUGUCGCUCGUCGCCCCGAUGUGGAAGGAAUCGUAAUUACCAUAAAGGAAUCGUAACGUCGACCUGAAAAUCCAUACCUGGACGGUGGAUCCUCUUCGGCUCGGUGCGUGAUCGACGUGGCACGGUCAUCCGGAAGGACACCCACCACGCAAGAAAACGAAUGAUCUGGAAACGUUCUGGUGUGCCCGUUGUCUGCCGUCGCGAGCUGUCCGGUAAUCGUGAUCAUCCGUCUACCAGCAAUAUCCAUCCUUGUCCGCUGCUAUCGUUACUGUGAUAAUGUGUAAAGUUGCGUAAGUGGUUGGUCAAAGUGGGGGUCAAAGGUAUACGUAUAAACGGAUAAACAAAGGGCAAGUAGAAAGACAGCCGGAGGAGGAGAAGCCCGGGCGUGUCCUCGGCACCGAGUCCGAAAUCGGUAUCGGCUACUGCCGAUAUGAGUUCGAAAUUCAUAAUCGAUAGUAUGCUACCUAAGUAUCACCAACAGUUCCAUCAUCAACAGUUGUUCUCAAGCGCAAAUCCCGGCACAAUCCAGGCUUGCACCACAAGCCCGGCCACCGCAAGUCUAGAAUCGAGUUUAUCCGCGGCUGCAGUCGCGGCCGCGGCAGUGAAUUACGCGCAACAGCACAAUUCUCCUAGCCCGACGGGCUCCAGCCCCCAGCACUCGGGAAGUUCAGCCUCUACGUCACCGGCAGCACGCACCACUUCCAGCAUGUAUCCGUACGUGUCGGCGGCAGCGGCGCAUCAUCAUCAUCAACAACAACAAGCGGUCGCGGCAGCAGCCUUCGGUGCUACAUCCAGCAUGGUGCCAGGCUUCGGCUCGACCGCGGCCUCGAGCGCUGCGUUGGCAGCGGCCGCAGCCGUCGACGCUGCUACCGCCGGUGACAAAUCUUGCCGUUAUACCGCCAGCCUUACCGGAAACGUAGCACCAACGUCCGCCGAUCCGAUGGUAAAUUACACUCUCAGCCAUCAUCAUCAGAGCGGCGCUACCGCGUCAGCCUCCUCGGCUGUUUCCGCAGCGUCCGCCUCCAUGGCUGCUGCUGCACAGUUCUAUCAUCAGGCCGCCGCUGCAUCGGCUGUCGUUGAUCCUCUGACAUCCUGCCAACAACCUACCACCGGACAACCCAGCAUCUCGGACAUACCACGAUAUCCAUGGAUGUCCAUCACCGAUUGGAUGAGCCCGUUCGACAGAGUCGUGUGCGCCAAGGACAGCGGUUGACGACCAACAGAAUUCGUGGGGUUAUGCGGACAGAAGUUAGUUCGACUUCGACCUACGCGCCUCUAACACCAUCGUUUCGUUUGCUCUGUCAAGAAGUCGCGUAUGUACUAUGAUAUUGUAAAAAGUGUUAUUUAAAGAUUUUGAAUGUUUAAGUGUUGUUUGAGUUCGAAGUUACAACGUUGAGCGUGGUGCAAGGAAUGUGGUGUUUUUCCGAGAUAGAAAGAUAAAAGUUGUUUUAUGUGAUAACAUAUUACUGAUAAUGACUCCUUUAAUAUAUGAUAAUCGAUGUCUACUUUGUAUCUGUUGAACCGAGUCUUGCGCAGAAGAACAAAAAUAAAUGAAUUACAAAUUAGUAAAGAAAAAUUUGUAUAGAUUUUUUUUUUAAGGAUUAGUAGCAAAAUGAAAAGUUGUGAAAUAAAAGAUGAUGUUUCUCUAAUAUGAGAAUAUGCGAAAGAAAACAUUGAUUCCGUUGAUUAGUGAAAGGUUAUUCCCAAUGAAACUAUUUUCAUUCAUCCACUGUCUUAAUGACUAGAAGAAGAACGUUUGAAUUUUGUGGAUGACAGCAUAAAGAUAAGGUGUCAUUAUCAGUGAACGAAACAACGAGCAUUCGUUUCCGUAAAGCAUUUCUUGGUCGUCGGAGAUAGUUAUGGCAUUUUUUUGGAUCACGGAGCAAAACCCACGAACGCGAAGUGUAAAAUAACACUUGGAAGUAAUGCUACGUCUGGAAAUAAAGCUAAGUGAAAAGAAACAGGAAAAUAAUUCCACAAUUCGUAACAUGGUUUCAUAUAUAUAUAUAUAUAACUCAUUUUCCGCGUUAUAUUUCAUCCGAAGCGGUAGAUUCCACAAUUUUCUGCGAACAAUAAUUUCUCUUACGGUCAAGUGCCAAAAACUGCACGAUGCACGACCCGUGACAAACGCGUUUGUACAUAGCAUAAGUAUGGUAGGAUCGUUGGCGUUGAGGCAGGUCAAGAACUCGUUGCCAUAUCAAUAUACUUAAGUGAAAUGAUACGAGGCAGUCGUAAAACCCGACAGUAAUGACGCAUUAGGGGGUUGCCAGGCCGAUUUAGUUGGCUAUCAAACAAAAGGCAACUUUUACUGAAUCCAACCGAGGCG